AUGAAAGGCUCAACGCUUCUAGGAUGGGCAUCAGUGCCCACGGCUCUUGCUCUGGGCAUUCCCCCGCAAGUGGUGCUCUCUGGCAAGAUCACCAAAGGACUCAAGACGUUGAAUCCGUUUGCUGCCAAAAGUGAGGUCUGUCCGCAAGCACCCAAGAUUACAUUGCCUGAGGAUGGGUUCCAUUCUUCCUUGGAUUUUCUCAAGGAUAAGGAGUUCCGUGCGCGUCAGGCAACACGACUGUCUCGGGCAGUGCAGGUCCCGACGACCGUGGGCGAUUUUGCGACAGAUCCAUAUGAUGAGUCCUUUGAGCCAAUUGUCAAGUUUCAGUCGCUUCUCAAGGAGAUGUUUCCUCUAAUUCACGCCAAAGCAAAAGUAGAACACGUCAAUCGCUUGGGCCUAGUCUUCACUCUACAGGGAAGUGAUACCGCCCGUAAACCGAUCUUGUUCAUGGCACAUCAGGACGUCGUGCCAAUCGAUGACCCCUCCGACUGGACGCAUCCCCCCUUCUCCGGUCUCUUUGACGGCGAGUGGAUCUGGGGCCGCGGCUCGAGCGACUGUAAAAACACCCUGAUCGGCGUACUUUCGGGUGUGGAAGAUCUUCUCUCGCAGAAAUGGCGUCCUCAGCGCACGAUUGUUCUCGCCUUUGGAUUCGACGAAGAGUCGCACGGCUUCCUUGGAGCGGGCUCCAUCUCCGCCGUCCUCGAGGAGAGAUACGGCAAGGAUAGCUUCGAGUUUGUCCUCGAUGAGGGUGGCACAGGCUUGCAGAGCCUCGGAAACGAUAGCAAUGUUCUCUAUGCCCUGCCCGCUGUCGGCGAAAAGGGGAGCCUUGACCUGGUGCUGGAGCUUGCCGUCCCGGGAGGUCACAGUAGUGUGCCGCCUGCGCAUACGGGCAUUGGGAUCAUGUCUGAGAUCAUCUACGAGCUGGAACGCAAAGAACUGUUCUCCCCACGUCUUGAUCCCUCGCACCCGUCCUUUGGGACGCUUGAAUGUCAAACCCGGUAUUCGCCGGACUCUGUUGAGCCUUGGCUCGCCGACAAACUGGCGGAAGGCGACCCUGAAGCGCUCGCCGAGGCCAUCGCCAACUCCCGUGGUCGCGCGGUCCGGUAUACUCUCCAAACCUCCCAAGCGGCCGAUCUCUUCAACGGUGGCGUCAAGACGAAUGCUCUACCAGAGAAAACUUCCGCAGUGGUCAAUUAUCGCGUUGCAUUGCACAUGACCCCCGACCAACUGCGCGAUCGUGCCGUCCGGAUCAUCAAACCCAUCGCCGAUGCCCACAACGUCACUCUUCAUGUCGAUUUCCCUGGAAUGGCCACUACCAGAGACGAAUUUGGCGGAACGGGCGAUCGUUCUCUGACCCUUUCACCCCUCAUGGAGCCUCUUAGUCCUGCUCCCAUCUCUCCCACCGACCCCUUGACCUCCAAGACCUGGGCGCGAUUCUCGGGCGUGGCACGGAGUGUCUUUGAGUCCCACCCGAACCCCUUGAUUUCCAAGGACAGUGCGGAAUCCAAGUCGACCCCGACGGUUGUGGUCACUGGAGACAUCAUGACUGGAAACACCGACACGCGGUUCUACUGGUCUUUGACGAAGAACAUCUACCGAUGGAGUCCAUCCCGCCAGGGUGGCUGGUAUAAUAUCCACACGGUGGAUGAACGGGUCCACCUUGAUGUUCAUCUGGAGGGAAUCAUGGUCUAUUACGAUCUCAUCCGUGCUUUUGACCAUUGGACUGAUUGA